AUGGUGGGAAAAACGUGUGGCGAGCGUGCGUUUUUUCUCUCUAUUUCGACGUCGCGAGAGGAAAAGACACCACAAACGCUCACAUUGCGCGCAACCAACUCGAUCUAGAACAUUCUAGGUGCGUCCCGAUUCAUAUCCAUCCACACACAUACGCCCACACUUCACACACGCGGCUACCGUAGAACGCCGUUUUCGAUGGUAAUUUUAUCAUUUUUAUAAUUUUCGCAUUUAUUUCUUGAUUUUUCUCAAUAUUUUUUCUUCAUUUCAUUGAUCACCAUGUCUUGUUUUUCUUGUUUCUGAAUGUACUUAAGAAAAAAAACCGAAUUUUAGGUAAUAACACUGCAGAAAGCGCUUAAACGAUUUCCGCGAACUUUCUGGAAGCACGGCGAAAAGUGUAGUUUGACCAUUCGAAACAUAUGAUCAUAGCGUGCGAUUUCACUUGGCACUGUGCCAUUUUUUUUUCAUUAUCUUCCUUUUUACCAAAUGGAAUUCUACGAUAUUUAAAAGUAUUAAAAGAAGAAGCUUCUUCCAGAAUUAAAAUGAGGAUGCCGCGAAUUUUUCGCUCCAAGAGGAACUUAUUGAUCACAGCUUAGACUCCAUUUUCUUUCUUUUCAAAGCUUCUAAGAGCAGUUCUUUGCCUCAUAAAUUUUUUUUGUUGCACAUUAUUAUCAAAUCAAUUUUUUUUUCAAUGACUUAUUCACUUUGGUAUCAAUUCUUUUGAUGGUAUGAAAAAAAAGCCAGAGAAAUUUCAAAGAGUGACUUUUCCGAUUUUUCGUAUCGCUAGGGAACUUUCCGACGGCCACCUUUCCGCCGAAAUCCUUUCCGACUUUUUGCCUUUAUAUUUUUCGAUUUAUAAAACAUCUAUUAACAUUUGUUUCCUAUUUCGUUGUGUUUUAAUCAUGAAUAAACUGCCUACUUCAUAUCAAUCAAUCAAAUCAUUUAUUUUGUUGUUUUAGUCUGAUGUAAUCGACUAGGCGGUGAACAAGAACUUUGAAAGCUUUAACGAACAACCGCCUUUGGCGAGCUAGAAGUCCAAACGUGUAGUCGAAAGAGUUGAAAGCAUGGUCUUACGGUCCUUCGCCUCGUCCUUCUGCGCGUAGUCCAUCCAGUUGCGCCUUGACGAGCUCAGAAUGUAGCAGAUCUUGUGCUGGAGCCCGGAGACCGUGCUCUAGGUGUAGGAAGAUUCAAAACAAAAUAGGAAGAUUCAACAAGAUUCAACACAACAAUAUAGGAAGAUUCAAAACAAAAAGUUCAUCAAGAAAAAAAGUCGGAAAAAGAUUCGGCGAAAAGGUGGCCGUCGGAAAGUUCUCUAGCGAUAUGAAAAAUCGGAAAAGUCGCCGUUUGAAUUUUUGCUGGUCUUUUUUUCAUACCACCAUUCUUUUCUAUUCUUAAACAGUCAAUUAUAUUCAAAAUGUAAGCUAAACUGUCGAAGCGGUUUAAUAAAGUCUUUAAUGCAGAGGAAGUUAAUUUUUUUUUAGCUAUUUAUCGGCUAUUUAAACCGAUUUUCACUAAUUGGUUUAGAAUUUUGAUUCAAUAAUGUUAAGGCAUUACUUCUGAAUUAAAAUCAUUGGAAACAAUAAAAAAAUUAAACCGAUCUCCAAUGGUUUCUGAGUCAACUCGAUCGCUGUUGCUUUUUUUCAUACGUGGAAAAAUUUUUGACUUUUACGCUAAAAAUCCUAUCAAUUUUGAAUCAUAUUGAAGUUUAAAACAUGAGAAUAAUCUCUAAACAAGAAAAAGUGAAAUAUUUCUAGUUCUGCAACAAGAGCGAUUUUUUUCCUGUUUGAUUUAAACUUCGUUGAAAAAAAGAUUAUAAAAAAAUGGAAGUUAAAAAUUCAUCAACUAUUCCAACUUAUUGAGAAAUUGAAUUGGAAUGCAGAGAAGCUAUUUGCAAAAAAAAAUACGCUCUUGACGUAACGCAAGGUUUCUUUGAACGAUGGUUUCGUUCAGUUUUAUCCCUGCCCCUCAUCAUAAUCAGAAUGACUUUUCUUUUCACGCUGUAUCUUUUGAAUAAUUUCGAAGCUUUUAUCAACCUAAAAAAAAGUCAUAAUUUCAGUCAAUCGGUUUACGUGAUGACCGGAAAAGUUCUGCAAGGAGCCUACAGCAGCGACAGCUUUAAUCAACAGCGCUACGAUCAGCGCGAGACCGGAAAUUCCUCGCUUUUCGGCGAAAAAAUGGACGCCGAACUGCCGGAAUCACGUUAUUAUGUACAGGAGCCGCGCGUCAAACGUGCACAUCAAGACGACGAACAAGUGAGUUGAAGAAAAUUGAUAAUUUUUUGUCUGUUUGCGAUUAUUGUCUCGAACCAUUCUAUUUGGUCUUGUAAACUUUUGAAAGGAUUCUAUUAAUUUGAAUUCUAAUGUUUUUUUUUGCUAUUUAUCGGUCCUAUACAAUCAGAGAGUGUAUUCAAAGGCGUAGAAGUUUUUCGUUACCAGGUAUAAAACUUCAAGCGACAUCCAUGGUAAAAGUUAGAUAUGAUAUGUUUUUAAACAGAUGCUCAGAUUCUUUCUCGAAGUUCAUAGAACAUUCUAGAAAGAAUAAUGAUAUCAAAUCGAAUCUCAUGAAGUUCUUUGUACAAUUUGAUAGUAUUGGUCAAAAUGAGACGUUCUUUUCCGUAAACGUGUCAAAGAAAGUCUUAAUUAUCUCUUUGUAACACCCCAGUUGAAACCUUCCGGUGAUAACUCGUUCAGAGAUUACUUGAUACGCCUGUUAUCAUGAUACUCUCGGUAGUUUAAAAGAGAGUAGAAAAAGACAGUUGUGAAGUGCAAUCUUAACGUUUUUCCAGUUUUCUCUCUUUUUUUUGCGCGUGUUCGAAAGCAAGCGGUGCAGACACGUCGGCUGAGGAUUACAUGACCUCAACGCGCGAAAAACACUUUAUUUUCUGUUUGGCCGCCGCGUUCAGAGUACGUUCCCCCCAAAGGACACUUCAGACUUGUCCACUGUAGCGAUUUCCUGUCUGUUUCAUACAGCUUUCCCCAAAAUUACUCAUUCAGUAAUAGGAAAACCUUUGAGAUGCGGUCCUUUUUAUCUUUAGGGAAUGACUCGCCGUUUUUUUUUUGCCUCUCUAAAUGGGUGUGGUUCUCAGAGGUUCUCCUCAUCACAGUGUAACCUUGAAAGCAAAGUUUUCUUUACUUUUCCCUUUUUUUGAAGUAAUUUUAACUGUUUUAAGGAAAAACCUUGGUCUGGUAAUUUUAUAGAGUAUUUUUUUGGGGAUGGAACAGCCAAUAUUUUUUUUUACUUUUGGGAUGUUUCCAAUUUUCUUCUGAAACUUUGUGUGUUCAUGGUGAUUAUCUCAGUCACUAGUCCACUCGAUUUUCAUUUUUAGCCAGUUUCUUAUAAAAUUGUGAUUUGUUUAGAGAUUCUUAUAGACUAUCAGUUUAAAAAAUAAGUCCUAUUUAUUUUUUCAUUUUUUCCUCUUCCUGGAUAUGUUUUCAAAAGACCGGUGAAUCCAAAUAAACCUGCCUCGAUUAACGAAGUUUUGAUCGAAAUGGAAAGAAAAACAUCCUACAGUAACCUGUCCUGUGAGUUAGGAUUUCAAUUUCAAAUUAUCCAUUCAUCUUUUUUUUUCAAUUCAUUUUUUUAUUUCCAUAAAUAACGUUUUUUUCCAUAGACUCAUUGAUAAAUUAAUAAUUCCAAGUUUUCAGGACAUGGAAUAUGCUCCACGGGCCAAACGAAGAUUCGACAAAAUCAGCGCUCGAUUGGAGAAUUUUUCGAUUUCCAAUGAUAGAGUGACUCCUCUGCAAACUUUGUCAGUGGAAAAUCUGUUUUAUGAAUUCAUAAAGUUGCUUUUUUAGUGAUUCUUCAUCGGACGAUGAGAUGGAGGAAAUUCUGCCGGAGGAAAGUAACAAUAUCGCUUCAUCAAGUGUGGAAGAAUGCGUGGAGCCGCUGAUUCUGGAGCCAGAAGAAGAUGAGCCGCCGAAGAAGCUGAGGCUCGAUGAGCGACUUCAGAUGUACCUGGAGAUGGCUCGGAAUAAUCAUCUUGAUUUCAUUCCGAAGUAUGAUUUUGUGUAGUUUGAUUCAUGGGUUUGACAGCAUUUUUUAGAAUCCAUUAGUUAUAAUUAAAAUAAAAGUCAGUGUACUUAAAUCCCAUUCCGUGAAAAUUGGGAGUUUAACUCAUACAGUGUAUUAACACAAGGUCUCGAGGCGAUAAGUUUGUCCCAGUUCUAUUCAAAUUAUCCCAAGGCUUUUUCGAAGUUUUUGAAAAAGUGUCAAUUUGAAGAGAACAACGUUUUGAGGAUUUUCAAUCGAUGGAUAUUGUUUUCAUUUGCAGAUCGGCGAAAACACGCGGCGACGAACUGGUGGUUUGGCGAGCGCCGGUAACAAUCAAUCCAUUUGACGACCCGACGAUGAGCGGCCGCAUCCGGGAGCUCACGGAAGAGGAGGAGCAGGACGUUUUCGAAGAAAUGAAACAUCGACAGCUUCUUUUCGACGGCAUGACUUCGGAGGAGCCCAGCGACAAUGGAAAUUGUUCGUUUUCAGUUAUUAUCACUCUCAAGGAAAAAUUUCCAUAGGAGUGUUUCAAAAUUCAAUUUUUUUCUUUUCAAAAAACGAUAAGGCUUGGACAGGUUCUGAAAAUUCAACAAAAUCGUAUGUUUAAAGAAUUUAAGUAAAUAAAUUAGAAAAAAAAAGCUCGUUAGAAGCGUUUUUGAUUUAUUUCGGGACUUAAACGUUUACAGUAAAAUUCUUUUGCAAGUCUAACUUUCAGGUAUCGUCGACUGCGAUGCAUCUUCUGUUGCCAGCUCCACUGAAGGAAGCUUCGUCGACCUUGAUUCUCCACUGCCGUCGCCCCCGAACAUCGUCGAAGUCACGGAGGAAAGGAGAGAUCUCAGCUCUCCAACUAGUCUGACCAACGGCAGCGUUUCUGACGAGGAAAUGAUGGAUUUUGACUAA